AUGCUACAACACUUAAUAAUUUUUUCUCUUGGAUUGGUUGUCCAAAAUUGCUGCUCCAUGGCUGAAACUACAGGACAGGCAAAAAGAUGUGAUAAGAAGUCUCUUCUGAUAACCAGAACUGAGUGCCGAUCCUGCUCACUCAACUUCGGAAUCAAGUGCCCAGACGGUUACACCAAGAUUACCAACGGCUCUGUAGGGGUUCGAGAUUGCAGGUACACGUUUGAAGUCAGAACCUACUCGCUCUCUCUCCCCGGAUGUCGGCAUAUCUGUAGGAAGGACUACCUCCAGCCUCAGUGUUGUCCAGGCCACUGGGGUCCAGACUGCCUGGAGUGCCCAGGAGGUGCCAUGUCCCCCUGCAGUGGCAGGGGCAGUUGUGCCGAAGGCUUGGAAGGAAAUGGAAGCUGCUCCUGCCAAGAAGGAUUUGGUGGAACAGCCUGUGAAGACUGUGCUGAUGAUAACCUAUUUGGACCAAGCUGCUCAGCAGUGUGCAACUGUGUCCAUGGAGUGUGCAAGAGUGGAAUAGACGGCGAUGGAACCUGUGAGUGCUACUCUGCGUACACUGGAGCCAGCUGUAACAAGCCCAUCAAUCCAUGUUCACAAAACAUCUGUCACCCUCAUGCUCGCUGUACCUACCUGGGACCAAAUCAGCACAGUUGUACAUGUGAAGAAGGCUACCACGGGGAUGGCCAAGUGUGCUUACCAACAGAUCCCUGCCAAGUGAACUUUGGAAACUGCCCAACAAAGUCAACAGUGUGCAAAUACGAUGAGCCCGGACAGUCUCACUGUGAGUGUAAGGAACAUUACCGUGAUUUUGUACCUGGAGUGGGGUGCAGUAUGACCAAUAUCUGUGAGUCAAAUAACCCCUGCCAUAGGAAUGCAAACUGUACCACCAUCACGCCAGGCCAAACCAAAUGCACUUGCCAGAAAGGUUAUGUGGGAGAUGGCUUGACAUGUUAUGGAAACAUCAUGGAGCGGCUCAGAGACUUAAACACUGAACCCAGAGGAAAAUGGCAAGGAAGGCUGACUUCUUUCAUCUCACUCCUGGACAAAGCUUAUGCCUGGCCACUAAGUAACCUGGGACCAUUCACUGUGCUGUUGCCAACAGACAAAGGACUGAAAGGAUUCAAUGUAAAAGAGCUCUUGAUGGAUAAUGAGGCCGCUCAGUACUUUGUGAAGCUGCACAUAAUUGCUGGGCAGAUGAAUACUGAGAAUUUGAAUAACACAGACACAUUUUAUACCUUGACGGGAAAAUCAGGGGAGGUCUUCAAUGGUGAUAAGGACAAUCAACUUAAGCUUAAACUCUAUGGAGGAAAAAAGAAGGUAAAAAUUAUGCAGGGCAACAUGAUUGCUUCCAAUGGGCUCCUGCACAUCAUCGACAGAGCCAUGGAUAAGAUGGACCCCACAUUUGAGAGCAACACUGAGCAAACCAUAAUGGCAAUGCUACAACCAAGAUACAGCAAGUUCAGAUCCUUGCUAGAGGAAACCAAUGUGGGACAGGCCUUGGAUGAGGAUGGUGUUGGUGGACCAUACACCAUUUUUGUUCCAAGUAAUGAAGCGUUAAAUAACAUGAAGGAUGGCACUCUUGAUUACCUCCUUUCUGCAGAGGGAUCUCGGAAGCUUCUGGAACUCGUCAGGUACCACAUUGUCCCAUUUACCCAGCUUGAAGUGGCCUCACUCAUUUCAACCCCUCACAUCAGAAGCAUGGCCAACCAGAUCAUACAGUUUAACACAACCAACAAUGGACAAAUUCUUGCAAACGGUGUGGCAAUGGAAGAAAUUGAAGUUGCUGCCAAAAAUGGCAGAAUUUACACCCUGACUGGAGUUCUCAUUCCUCCUUCCAUCACCCCAAUCCUGCCUCACCGAUGUGAUGAAACCAAGAGAGAGAUGAAACUGGGCACCUGCGUGAGCUGUUUCCUGUUGCAUGAGAGCAUCUGUCCAGCUAACUCUGAGCCCACAGCACUGUUUACACACAAAUGUGUCUACUCCAGCAGAAUAAAGAGACUUAAGAAUGGCUGUGCCAGAUACUGCAAUGCUACUAUGAAGUGUGCAGAUGGCAUCAGUGGCAAUGGGACAUGCAUUUGUGAGGAUGACUUCCAAGGCUCUCAGUGUCAGUUCUGCUCCAAUCCCAAUAACUACGGACCUCAGUGUGACAAAAAAUGUCUGUGCCUUCAUGGAACAUGUGACAACAGGAUAGACAGUGACGGAGCCUGCCUUGCCGGCACUUGCAGAGACAGCUCCGCUGGGAAGUUCUGCAACAGGCAGACCUCAGCCUGUGGGCCCUACAUGCCGUUCUGUCACAUCCACGCCACCUGUGAAUACAGCAAUGGGACAGCCAGCUGCAUUUGCAAACCAGGAUAUGAAGGGGACGGAACCGUCUGCUCAGAAGUGGACCCUUGUGCAGGAUUAAUCCCUGGGGGCUGCAGCCGCAACGCAGAAUGCAUCAAAACUGGCCUGGGAACACACACCUGCGUGUGCCAGCAGGGAUGGACCGGGAACGGGAGAGACUGCUCUGAGAUCAACAACUGCCGGCUGCCCAGCGCUGGCGGCUGUCACAGCAAUGCAACCUGUUUGUACGUCGGCCCAGGGCAGGAUGCUUCUUUCCGACCCAUGCUGUCAGCCGCCUCAAACCUUACUGUCCUUGUGCCUUCCCAAAGAGCUAUUGAGGACAUGGAUCAAGAUGACAAAAACUUUUGGUUGUCAAGGAGCAAUAUUCCAGCCCUAAUAAAAUACCAUAUGCUCCUGGGCACAUAUGGAGUGGCAGAUCUGCAGACUCUGUCAUCUUCAGACAUGCUGGCAACAUCUUUGCAGGGCAACCUUCUCCACCUGGCAAAAGUGGAUGGGAAUGUUACAAUUGAAGGUGCUUCCAUUGUCGAUGGUGACAACCCAGCCACGAAUGGAGUGAUACACGUCAUCAACAAGGUUCUGGUUCCCCAAAGAAGUCUAACUGGCUCCUUACCAAACCUGCUCACCCGGCUGGACCAGAUGCCUGACUAUUCCAUCUUCCGGGGCUACAUCAUUCAAUAUAACCUGGCAAAUGCAAUCGAGGCUGCCGAUGCUUACACAGUGUUUGCUCCGAACAAUGAUGCCAUUGAGAAUUAUAUCAGGGUGAAGAAAGCUGCAACACUAAAGGAGGACAUAGUCAAGUACCACGUGAUCCUGGAGGAGAAACUCCUGAAGAAUGACCUGCACAAUGGCAUGCAUCGGGAGACCAUGCUGGGUUUCUCCUACUUCCUUGGCUUCUUUCUCCACAAUGACCAGCUCUAUGUAAAUGAUGCUUACAUAAACUACACCAAUGCAGCCACUGACAAGGGAGUGAUCCAUGGUUUGGGGAAAGUUCUGGAAAUUCCGAAGAAUAGAUGUGAUAAUAAUGACACUACUAUUGUUCCAGGAAAGUGUGGAAAGUGUCCUCAGCAGCCAAUCUGCCCUCCUGGAACAAAGCCACUAGGUGAAGAGACGAAGAAAUGUAUCUAUACCCGUUAUUUCCUAGGAAAGCGAUCGCUGUUCAUUGGGUGCCAGCCAAAAUGUGUGAAAACUGUCAUUGUAAGAGAAUGUUGUGCGGGCUUCUUUGGGCCCCAGUGCCAGCCCUGCCCGGGGAAAGCCGGGAACGUCUGCUUUGGAAAUGGGGUCUGCUUGGAUGGAGUGAAUGGCACGGGCAUGUGUGAGUGUGAAGAGGGCUUUAGUGGGACAGCCUGCGAGACCUGUGCUGAAGGCAAAUACGGCAUCCACUGUGACCAAGCAUGUUCUUGUGUCCACGGAAGAUGCAACCAAGGACCCUCGGGUGACGGCUCCUGUGAAUGUGACGUUGGCUGGCGAGGAGUGAAAUGUGACAGUGAGAUCACAGAAGACAGCUGCAAUGGGACAUGCCACAGCAGCGCCAACUGCCUUCUCAAUUCAGAUGGCACAGCCUCAUGCAAAUGUGCAGCAGGAUUCCAAGGCAACGGGACAGUCUGCACAGCAAUCAACGCCUGUGAGAUCAGCAAUGGCGGCUGUUCUGCCAAGGCUUACUGUAAAAUAACCACCCCAGGAAGUCGGCUCUGCGUGUGCAAGGAAGGCUAUGCUGGCGAUGGCAUUGUAUGCCUAGAAAUUAAUCCAUGUUUGGAGAACCAUGGUGGCUGUGACAAGAACGCAGAGUGCACACAGACGGGACCCAACCAGGCCGUCUGCAACUGUCUGCCAACAUACACUGGAGAUGGCAAGACCUGCACACUCAUCAACGUCUGCCUAACUCCAAACUACAUUGGGGAUGGAUUUACCUGCCGUGGCAAUAUCUAUCAGGAGCUGCCCAAGAAUCCAAAAACAUCCCAGUAUUUCUUCCAGGUGCAGGAGCAUUCUUUGCGAGAGCUGGCUGGCCCGGGCACCUUCACCGUCUUCGUACCUUUAUCAGCAGCCUUUGAGGAGGAAGUCCGGCUUAAAGAGUGGGACAAACAGGGCGUACUUCCUCAGGUCCUUCGGUAUCAUGUGGUUGCCUGCCACCAGCUGCUUCUGGAAAACCUGAAAUUGACCCCAAAUGUAACUUCCCUACAAGGGGAGUCAAUUGUCAUCUCUGUCUCUCAGGACACAGUAUAUUUAAAUAACAAGGCUAAGAUCAUAUCCAGUGACACCAUCAGUACCAAUGGAAUCAUCCACAUCAUAGACAAAGUGCUGUCUCCCCAAAACAUGCUUAUCACCCCCAAAGAUGCCUCUGGAAAGGUUCUGCAGAAUCUUACGACAGUGGCAAAAAAACAUGGCUACACCAAAUUUAGCAAGUUAAUACAGGAUAUGGGCUUGCUGAGUCUCAUCACUGAUCCCAUGCACACCCCGGUCACUCUCUUCUGGCCCACGGACCAAGCUCUCCAAGCCUUACCAGCUCAACAACAGUAUUUCCUCUUCAAUCAAGAAAACAAGGACAAGCUGAUGGAGUACCUGAAGUUCCAUGUGAUCCGAGACUCCAAGGUUUUAGCAGUGGAUCUCCCUAGAUCUGCUGCCUGGAAGACCCUGCAAGGUUCAGAGCUGAGCGUGACGUGCGGAGCUGGCAGGGACAUUGGCGAGCUCUUUCUGAAUGACCAAACAUGCAGAAUUGUGCAGCGGGAACUCUUGUUUGACCUGGGUAUAGCCUAUGGCAUCAACUGUCUGCUGAUCGACCCCACGCUGGGGGGCCACUGUGACACUUUUGCUAGUUUCAAUGUCUCGGGGGAUUGUGGGAGCUGUAUCUAUACUCCCAGCUGCCCAGAGGGGAGCAAAGCAAAGGGUGUGAAGCAAAAGUGUCUCUACAACCUGCCCUUCAAGAGGAACCUGGAAGGCUGCCGGCAGCAGUGCGUCAUGGUGGUGCAGCUCCCCAGGUGCUGCAAGGGCUACUUCGGGCGAGACUGUCAGGCCUGCCCUGGAGGACCAGAUACCCCGUGCAAUAACCGGGGUGUCUGCCUCGAUGAGUACUGGGCCACAGGAGAGUGUAAAUGCAACACCGGCUUCAACGGGACGGCGUGUGAGCAGUGCUCACCGGGGAGAUUCGGGCCUGACUGCCAGCCCUGUGGCUGCUCGGACCACGGACAGUGCGAUGAUGGAAUCCUGGGCUCCGGGCAGUGCCUCUGUGAAACAGGGUGGACGGGCCACUUCUGUGACACUCAGGCAGUGUUGCCUCCUGCUUGCACACCUCCUUGUUCUACUCACGCCACCUGUAAGGAGAACAACACGUGUGAAUGUAACCUGAAUUACGAAGGUGAUGGGAUAACAUGCACAGUUGUGGAUUUCUGCAAACAGAACAAUGGGGGCUGUGCGAAGGUCGCCAAGUGCUUCCAGAAGGACACCAUGGUCUCCUGCAGCUGCCCCAAGGGCUACAAGGGCGACGGUCGCAGCUGCACAGAAAUAGACCCCUGUGCCGAUGGCCUCAAUGGCGGGUGUCACGAGCAUGCCACCUGCAAGAUGACUGGCCCAGGCAAGCACAAGUGUAAAUGCAAAAGUCACUACGUGGGAGACGGCCUGGCCUGUGAGCCGGAGCAGCUGCCCAUUGACCGCUGUUUACAGGACAACGGGCAGUGCCACGCAGAUGCUGACUGUGCCGACCUCCACUUCCAGGACACCACUGUUGGCGUGUUCCACUUACGCUCCCCGCUCGGCCAAUACAAGCUGACCUUUGACAAAGCCAGAGAGGCCUGUAUCAAUGAGGCUGCAACCAUUGCAACCUACACCCAGCUCUCCUAUGCCCAGAAGGCCAAAUACCACCUCUGUUCGGCGGGCUGGCUGGAGACAGGGCAUGUUGCCUACCCCACAGCCUACGCCUCCCAGAACUGUGGAUCUGGUGUUGUUGGGAUAGUAGACUAUGGAGUGAGAACCAACAAGAGCGAAAUGUGGGACGUCUUCUGCUACCGGAUGAAAGAUGUGAACUGUACCUGCAAGAAGGGCUACGUGGGAGAUGGCUUCUCAUGCAGUGGGAACCUGCUGCAGGUCCUGAUGUCCUUCCCUACACUCACAAACUUCCUCACGGAAGUGCUGGCCUAUUCCAACAGCUCCACCAGAGGCCAGGCAUUUCUGAAACACCUGACUGACCUGUCGAUCCGCGGCACCCUGUUCGUACCACAGAACAGUGGGCUGAGGGAAAAUGAGACGCUGUCUGGGCGGGACAUAGAGCACCACCUCGCCAAUGUCAGCCUCAUGUUUUACAACGACCUCGUUAACGGUACCAUUCUGCAAACCCAGCUGGGAGGCCAGCUGAUUAUCACCUCCAGCCAGGACCAGCCCCAUCUGAAGGAAACCAGGUUUGUCAAUGGAAGAGCCAUUCUGCAGUGGGACAUCUUUGCCUCCAAUGGGAUCAUUCAUGUCAUUUCCGGACCUUUAAAAGCACCCCCCACUCCAGUGACCUCAGCCCACUCUGGCUUGGGAACAGGGAUAUUCUUUGCUGUCAUCCUGGUCCUUGGAGCCAUUGCUUUUGCUGCGUAUUCUUACUUUCGGCUAAACCGGAGAACAAUUGGAUUUCAGCACUUCGAGUCGGAAGAGGAUCUCGAUGUUGUGGCUUUCGGCAAGGAGCAGCCUGAGAAUAUCUCCAACCCUACAUACGAGAGCACAACCUCCGCUCCCCCAGACCUGUCUUCCGACCCCUUCACGGACGCUGAUGAACAGCAGCUCAAGAGCCGCGACCCCCUCGGGGGACUCUGA